UGGAAAGAGCUCCAUUGGGAGGCAAGGGCAGCCAGUGCCAGGCCCAGGAAUGUGCCCAAGAUGGCCUCUCACAUGACAGCCAAGAAUCAGGGUUGAUCUGUUCUGUCUGCAGAGGUGUGGAGAACAGCUGCUGUACCUCCAGUCCAGUCUCUGGUUUCUUUUGAGGACGUGGCCGUGUCUUUCACAGAGGCAGAGUGGGCACUGCUAGAUCCAGUCCAAAGAGCUCUUUAUGAGGACGUCAUGCUGGAGAAUUAUGGGAGCGUGGCUUCUCUGGAAGGACCCGCCACAGAACAUGGACAGGAGAUGAUUGGGGGAAACAAAGGGUUUUCUGUGGAAAAAGACAAGGAUGAUGUUUCAGAAGGAAAUGUUGAGGACAGAGACCAACCACCAAGGCAGGGUGGAAGCCAUGCAGACAGGACAGCAGAUAAGCCCGUUCUGUCCCAUGGAGGAUGCUCCUGUGAAAGUCCAGUCCAAGAAGUAAGAUCAACCAAAACAAGAACAAAUGAAUGUCUUCGUGCUAACCAGAGAAUCUGCUCCAGGGAAAACACAAAUGAAAAUCUGGCCUCUGGAAAGACCUUCAGUCAGAACUCAGCCCUUUCAUCUCAUCAAACUCAGUCAGCAGGGGAUGCACAGUGGAAUGAGGGUGAUGGGGCAGUGCUAAAUGAAGUCCAAAAUGAAGAUUUGGAAGGAAUGUUCUGGAAUCGAGGUGGCCCUAAUAAGCAGAAAAGAAGUCACAUGACUGAAAACAGGGUUAAACCAAUUUCAUGCCAAGGGCAUGAUUUCCAUGAACUAAUCCAAACAGCAGAGGGAGCAAAGACGUGCUUUGAAUGUGGGAUGACCUUUACAAAUCAAAGCCAAUAUGAGAUCCAUCUGCAAAUGCACAUUGGAAAGAAGACCCAUCAAUGGUUGGAUGUUGGAAAGAAUUGUGUUCGUGGAACAGAUCUACAUAGCCGUCAAAAAACAUAUGAAAGAGAGAAAUCUUAUAGCUGUACAGGAAGUGGCAAGAGCUUCUCACACAAACCAGACCUUUCUGAAAACUAUUGUGGGACUCAUUCAAGAGAAAAUCCAUUACUCUGCAUAGAGAGUAGAAAGGCCUUCUCUGGUAUAAGAAAGGGUAAUGUACAUCUUCCGAAGCACCGUAUAAAAAGGGCACAUAAAUGUUUUUGGUGCAGAGCGUUCUUCAGCUGCAGAUCAAAGCUCCUGGUGCACAAAAUAAUUCACACAAAGGAGAGACGUUUUGAAUGCUCAGUGUGUGGAAAGACAUUCAAUUGGAGUAGCAGUCUUCAACAGCAUCAAAGAACUCACACAGGGGAGAGACCUUUUGAAUGCUCAGACUGUGGAAGGAGAUUUAGUCAAAAUAGCAGUCUUCAAAUGUAUCAAAGAACUCACACUAAGGAGAGACCUUUUAAAUGUUCAAAGUGUGGAAAUACAUUCAGUUGGAGUAGCAAUCUUCAGCGGCAUCAAAGAACUCACAGAAAGGAGAGUCCUUUUGAAUACUUAGUGUGUGGAAAGAGAUUCUGUCAGAAUAGCCAUCUUCAACAGCAUCAAAGAACUCAUACAAGGGAGAGACCUUUGUAGUGCUCAUUGUAAUGUCCCUGUCCACUCUUCAAUGAGGCACCCCGAUUUGAUCCCCUUCUCAUAAUAGAUUGUUGGGCACCCCCUGGAUAGCAGAAAGUGCUUUUAUAUGCUAAGUGUGUGGAAAGAGAUUCACUCUUAAUGGCUAGUUGUGUUCUUUUUGUGUUCUUUGCUUCUUCACUCUAAGUUCUCUUUAUUCCUUUGUGCAUUGCUGGAAUUCUACAUUGAGGCUGUUAAUUCCUCUUCUGUCAUCUUUUGCUUCAGUUUUUUCUUUAGCAGUUAGUUUUCUCACUCAUCCGUCAGGGUUGUUAAUUUCAUUUGGCUACAUAAAUAGCCUUUCCUCAGUUCAAUAAUUUAGCUGAUAACCCCCCGCCUCUUUUCUUUUUUCUGCUUUUCCUCAGCCAUUCUGGGUAUUAUCAGCUACUUAAACUUCUUUCCAUAAUUGUGUCAGAGCCCUAGCCUUUCCCAAAGACAGGAAUCAAUACUUUAAAAGUACAGUUCGUGUUUUAUGGAUGGCUAGCAUAUGAAAGCUAAUAUAUUUAGUGUCCGAACUUGGAUCCUUACGAGCAACAGAUGAUAUGUUCCCAGCAGAAAUACAUCAGGCCCCUCCACCCCACUACUCAGGCAGGACACAGAAUUCCCAGAGAAGGGGGAGGUAGGAGGGGGGAGAGGAGGAGGAAAGCAAAGGCAAUUUCACUCAGACAUACACAUUCCAAGUGGGAGAAAACAUUUUUGACUUGAUAACUCCUCAGGCCGAAAGAAGAACAAGAGUUUGGAUUUAUAUCCCGCCUUUCUCUCCUGUAAAGAGACACAAAGGGGUUUACAAUCUUCUUUCCCUUCCCCCCCCUCCCCACAACAAAAACACUGUG